UGAAAGCAAAUUAACCGCAGGCAACAUUGAAUAAUAAUGCCAGUUCAUCUACCCACUGUGUACGUCAACUCCCCGUCUCACUUCCGCAUCAGCCCAAACUUCAAUUUCAAGUCUUUCAAACCUUCUUCCUCACUUGGGAAAACUAAAAAGAAAAAGGAUUGCCCCCGAAUUAGAACUUCCGUUUCCAGUAGGGUUGGAGAUUCCUGUGUCGAAUAAUUUGGUUCGUCUGGAAGGUCAAGUUUCUUCUUGAUUUCUGUUCAUUUCCGAAGUGAUUCCAGCAAUUUCGAUCGGGAACUGUUGGUAUUUCAAUCUCUGGGCCAUCAGAAGAAGAAUAGUAUACAGUAGUUCUUCUAGAAAGGGCUAAAUGGCAUCACUGGCAGAUAUAGGGCUAUCAGCUGCUAUUAAUAUUCUUACUGCAGUUAUUUUUCUGGUGGCAUUUGCAAUUUUGAGGCUUCAGCCGUUCAAUGACAGAGUGUAUUUCCCAAAAUGGUAUCUUAAGGGUUUACGAAACAGCCCUUCACACUCGGGGGCAUUUGUGAAGAAGAUUGUUAAUUUGGAUUGGAGAUCAUAUGUGAGGUUUCUGAACUGGAUGCCCGAUGCACUAAAGAUGCCCGAACCUGAACUCAUUGAUCAUGCUGGACUAGACUCUGCAGUGUAUUUGAGGAUCUACUUGCUAGGGCUGAAGAUCUUCGUUCCUAUAGCAUUGCUUGCAUUUUCUGUCCUAGUACCUGUAAACUGGACCAAUCAUACCUUGAGAGAUUCUAAGUUAACCUAUAACGACAUUGAUAAGCUUUCUAUUUCAAAUAUUCCAGACAAAUCUCUCAGGUUUUGGGCCCAUAUUGUUAUGGCCUAUGCUUUUACCUUCUGGACAUGCUAUGUCUUGAGGGCCGAGUAUGCAAAGGUUGCUGAGAUGCGCCUUCACUUUCUUGCAACAGAAAAGCGCCGACCUGAUCAGUUUACAGUCCUUGUUAGGAACAUCCCUUUGGAUCCUGAUGAAUCAUAUAGUCAAAGCGUAGAACAUUUCUUCCUUGUUAAUCAUCAAGAUUAUUUAACAAAUCAGGUUGUAUGCAAUGCAAAUAAACUUGCCAAAUUACUCAAGGAGAAGAAGAGUAAGCAAAAUUGGCUUGAUUAUUACCAGUUAAAAUAUUCUAGGGGUAAUCACUUGAAACGUCCCACGAUGAAGACUGGGUUUCUUGGAUGCUGUGGAAGCAAAGUGGAUGCUAUAGAUCAUCAAACUUCUGAGAUUGAGAGAUUAUCCAAAGAAAUUGCUGAAGAGAGAGAAAGGGUGAAAAAUGAUCCGAAAGCCCUCAUGCCAGCAGCGUUCGUCUCUUUCAAAUCUCGAUGGUCUGCUGCGGUUUGUGCACAAACACAACAAACCAGAAAUCCAACUUUGUGGUUGACAGAGUGGGCUCCAGAACCGCGUGACGUAUACUGGCAAAACCUGGCAAUUCCAUACGUGUCAUUGACAAUUAGGAAGCUCAUAAUCAGUGUUGCAUUCUUUUUCCUCACCUUCUUUUUUAUGAUUCCUGUUGCAUCAGUCCAAGGUCUUGCUAACAUUGAAGGUAUCAGAAAAAGGGCGCCCUUUUUGAAGGUUAUCAUUGACGUACCUUUCAUCAAAUCAUUCAUUCAGGGGUUUCUUCCUGGUCUUGCUUUGAAGAUUUUUCUCAUCCUGCUGCCUACUAUAUUGAUGUUCAUGUCCAAAUUUGAAGGCUUUCUGAGUUUAUCAUCCUUAGAGCGAAGAGCUGCUUCCAGAUAUUAUAUUUUCAACUUUGUGAAUGUCUUCUUUGCGAGCAUAAUUGCAGGAGCCGCCUUUGAACAAUUGAACACAUUCAUCCAUCAGUCGGCAGACAAAAUCCCUGAAACUAUUGGUGUAGCUAUCCCAAUGAAAGCAACUUUCUUCAUAACCUACAUAAUGGUGGAUGGAUGGGCUGGAACUGCUGGGGAGAUCUUGAGGCUUAAACCACUGAUAUUCUUCCAUUUAAAAAAUUUCUUCCUAGUUAAGACUGAAAAGGACAGGGAGGAAGCAAUGAACCCCGGAAGCAUUGGUUUCAACACGGGUGAACCCCAAAUACAGUUAUACUUUUUGUUGGGCCUCGUCUAUGCUGUUGUCACUCCGAUCCUUCUUCCUUUCAUACUGAUUUUCUUUGGUCUCGCGUUUGUUGUGUAUCGACACCAGAUUAUUAAUGUGUACAACCAAGAGUAUGAAAGCGCGGCAGCAUUCUGGCCAGCAGUUCAUGGACGGAUCAUAUUUGCAUUGAUUUUCUCUCAUAUCUCUACACUGGGACUGUUGAGCGCCAAACAUGCUGCCACAUCAGCACCAUUCCUACUAGCUCUCCCUGUAUUAACUUUCUCCUUUCAUUUGUACUGCAAGGGCCGCUAUGAAUCUGCGUUCACCAAAUAUCCAUUACAGGAAGCAAAGAUGAAAGAUACUCUAGAGAGAGCCACGGAGCCCGCACUGAACCUAAAAGCGUACCUUCAAGAUGCAUAUGUUCACCCAGUUUUUAAAGGGGAUGAUGACGAUGAUGACGAGGAAACCAAUGAAAAAUUGGAGCGAGAGGGCAUACUGGUCCCCACAACACGCCACUCUCGGAGAAACACGCCUGCUCCGAGCAAAGUCAGCGCCGGCUCCUCACCCUCUCUUCCAGAUGUAAUUUUUGAAAGAGAACCCUGAAUCAAUGCUCUAUUUGGUUAUAUGCCUACCUAGUGUGUGUGUGUGUGUGUUCUUUAGGAGCUUAAUGAAGAAAGAAAAUGUCACAAUGUAAAUUAUCAUCUUCCAUAUUCCAUAAUGUUUAGCUGAAAGCAUUGUAUAGACCCCUCCCGUACUGUUUUAAGAACUCGAGAAGCCUUUGCAUUCAGAAGAAUCUGUAGCUCUAAGGCAGUAGGCAAUCUUGAGUUUCUGUGAGUAUAGAUGAUGUAGAAGUGGUCUGCAAAACCUUGUGUUGUAAUUCCAAGCUUCUGAAAUUUCAAUUUCAUCGUUCUUCCUUCACUCCUUUCGUUUUUUACAGUAACUGCAGUUUGAUUUUGUUGAAAUUUUAACAAUAUUGUAACAAAUUUUAACAAAAUCUUGUGGAUUAUA